AUGGAUGCUUCAGAGAUAAGACAGAGAGUCAAGCGCUUCCGAAUCCUCAUUAUCGGAAGAGCGAAUGCAGGAAAAACCACCAUCCUGCAGAGGGUUUGUAAUACACGCGAGAACCCAGAAAUAUAUGAUAGCGCCGGUGAAAAGGUGCGAAACAUGAUAUCAGUCUACUACUAUUUUCAGCGCGGACUGCAUGAUAUCGAAAAUGAAUUGGUCUUUCAAAGUAACCCUGAAUUUGUCUUCCAUGAUUCACGCGGGUUUGAGGCUGGAGGACAGUUCGAGUUUGACAAAGUGAAGGCUUUUAUCACAAGUCGUUCUAACAAGAGACUCAGUUUGGAUGGUCGAAUCCAUGUGAUAUGGUAAUCGGUCGAUUUUUAGUGUGGGCUAUCUCACAUCUUUGGCAAAGGUACUGCAUUCCGAUGGAUGAGGAUGCCAGGUCUUUCACGGAAGCGGAAGUCAAGUUUUUUACUCAGUGCGACACUGG